AUGCAAGUCAAAUCUCUAUUAGCAGCAGUCCUGCUAGUCGGUCCAGGGGUUCUAGCUGCCCCGACUGCACCAGAAACCGCAGCGCCCGCUAUCAAGCGUGACACACCUGACAAUGUCGUCGAUAAGAAGUCACCUGAUGAGCCUCAGGCUAAUGAAGACUGGUACGGCCACCACGGCUAUGGCGGAUAUGGUGGAUAUGGUGGCUACGGUGGUUACCACCCCAAAGCCCGUCGAGACAUGAAUGAAGAUGGACAAGCAGAAGACCAGCACUAUGGUGGCUACGGUGGAGGUUACGGCGGAUACCGCGGAGGAUAUGGCAACGGUUGGGGCAAGAGCAAGAGAGGCGACGGUGGAUAUUGGCCAGACAACGACUGGUACCACCACCGCUACGGACCUGGUUGGGGAUAUCCUCGCGACUAA